AUGCCUGCCAUCACUGGAUGGCGUUUCAAGCGUCGUGGCCGUGGCCAGUCUAACGGCUACUACGGCCCUCGACAGGAUGUCACGACACCAGUUCCGACCACAACGACAACAACUGUGGUCAAGGACUUGGUGACCACGACGACCACAUUACCAAGCGAUCUAGAGGAGAGCGACCAGGAGAUUCAAGAGGCUGAGCAGGAUCAGAUUUCGGCCGUGCAGUCCGCGUUAACAGCUUUGCUCAAUUCCAGCAACUCCAGCAACGGGUCCGCCAACAUUCUUGUCAAUACAUCAAGGGGAGAGCCGGUACAAGUGACUCUGGUCAGGGUCAACGAAAUCUCGGAGAACGAAACACUUGAAGUCGAAAGUCCCACAAGCAGUGUGUCAGUACCCGGCAGCGUCUUGCAACAGAUCGCCGCGUCCGCCGGCGUGAGCACGCUGGUUUUGGCAGUGGGCCCGACGGGUGCCAAUGGAUCUGUCGUCCAGCUUGACGACUCCAGCGUGCUGAUUGAUGCAGCCUCUGGCACAACCAUUUCUUUCCUGGAGGAGAACGGCAACCCUAUAGCUGUCGAGAACCUCACGGAGCCUAUCGAGUUCACUUUGCCGGUCUCUUCGGAGGCCGGCGUGAGCCUCAUGGCGGAGAUAGGGGUCGCAUCGAAGGACGUGAAAAUCACCAAGGUGUGCUGGUCCUGGAACGCGAAGAGGAAGGCUUGGGUUCGAGUGGAUCUCAUGACGGUAUCGCUUGGCAGGGCGGAUAAGGUGAAGUGCAAGACAUUCCACCUUUCGACCUUUGCUGUGGGAGAGCCCCGUCCGGGCCCUGCUUUCGGCCGGGGUUGGGAAGAUCUCUCUGGAAGUGUGCGGUCCCUGCCGCUCGCGAGCGUCCAGUUUGCCAUCGCCCGCAGCAGUGAGAAAGCCUACCUGCCCAGUGUCAUCUAUGGGGGCCUGGACCCAGACUUCGGAGACCAUGACGCUGUGUGGCGCUGGGAUCCACCCUACUUUUGGACAGAGAUUACACCGACGGACGAGCUUCCAACAAGGCCCGACGAGAUCACCGGGCCAGGUGCGAGGCAGCUUGCUGGCAUGAUUUGGUCGGCCCCCGAUGCGGGCUUCCUCGUCUUCGGAGGACAAGUCAAGUACCUGCCGGAUGGCUUCGCGCCGAAUGACUUGUGGUUGCUGCGUGAGUUGGAGAACGUCACAAAGUUCGAGUGGCUACGCGUCAAUACCUCGGGCACACCUCCGGAGAAACGAUACUACCACACCACAGUGGCUGGCAAUGCCUCCGGGGAGGAGGUGAUGAUCGUUUGGGCCGGGAGGACUGUUUCCGGCCUAGCAAACGACUUGCACGUCCUCAAUCUUGGCACGAAAACCUGGACGCUGCGUUCGACGAUCAACGGCCCCUCUCCGCGUGAAGGCCACACGGCGGUGUGGGCAGCAGAUUUGGGCCAAAUGUUUGUCCACGGUGGCCACAGCGAUGCCAUGAUCCUAGAUGACCUUUGGGUCUUUACCCCCGACGGCAACAGCUGGCAGGAGCUCGUGACAGAGUUUCGGCCGCCACCGACAUGGCUUGGAGUGGCUGUCUGGGCUGACGGACAGAUGUUGGCUUUCGGCGGCAGCAGUUCGGAGGAGAAUGUGGCAACUGCGAUUUGGUACUGGGUUCCAGACGGAGCAAAUGGAACAUGGUAUGCAGAUGCGAGGAUGCCCAGUCCGGCACGUGGCCUGGACGACGAGGUCGACGCAGCGAUCUACGAUCCUUACGAGGGCAAGAUGUUCUUGACCAAGUUUGCCGAGCCAACAGGGAAGUUCUGGGCUUACGAGGCCAAGGGACCGAAGUCGUUGAGUUAA